AUGGCGGCAGCCGUGCUGAGGGACACGGCUCUGGGCCAUGUGACCUUUGAGGAUGUGGCUGUCUGCUUCUCUCAGGAGGAAUGGAAACUGCUUGAUGAAGCUCAGAAGCUCCUAUACCGCAGUGUGAUGCUGGAGAACUUUGCACUUAUUGCCUCUCUGGGACUUGCAUCUUCCAGGACCCAUGAAAUAUUCCAACUGGAAUCAUGGGGAGAGCCCUUCAUGCCUGCCUGGGGAUUCGUGGCUCCAGCCAUGCCAGAAGGUUGUUGGCAUGGAGUGGAGGCUAAGGAGAUUCCUUCUGAGCAGAGUGCUUCUGUAGAAGUAGUGCUUGGUUCACAUGUUUAUCAACACCAGAUGCUGAACUGUAGAGAGAAACUCUUAAAAAGAGAAGGAGGGUGGGUCCCAGUUUUAAGGAGCUGCAGAGUCCACCUGUCAGAGAAGCCCUUCCACAGCAGAGAGGAUGAGAAGGACUUCCCGACCAGCAUGGGUCUUCACAAGCACCAGGUGACUCACAGUGGAGGAGAGUCACACAGGAGCACCGAAAGUGAGGAGGCCUUUCACACUGGAAAAAGGCAUUAUAAAUGCAAUGAAUGUGGGAAAGGCUUUGGUCAGAAAUAUUUACUUGUUCAGCACCAGAGACUACACACUGGAGAAAAGCCUUAUGAAUGCAGUGAAUGUGGGAAAUUAUUUAGCCACAAAUCCAACCUUUUUAUACACCAAAUAGUUCACACUGGAGAAAGGCCUUAUGGGUGUAGUGAAUGUGGAAAAUCCUUUAGCCGCAAUGCUGACCUCAUUCAACACCAGAGAGUUCACACUGGAGAAAAGCCUUUUACGUGCAAUGAGUGUGGAAAAGCUUUCAGGCAUAAUUCUACACUUGUUCAGCAUCACAGAAUCCACACUGGAGUAAGGCCUUAUGAGUGCAACGAAUGUGGAAAAUUCUUUAGCUUCAACUCCAGCCUUAUGAAACAUCAGAGAGUUCACACUGGAGAAAGACCUUAUAAAUGCAGUGAAUGUGGGAAAUUCUAUAGCCACAAGUCCAGCCUUAUUAAUCAUUGGCGAGUUCACACUGGAGAAAGGCCAUAUGAGUGCAGUGAAUGUGGGAAAUUUUUCAGCCAAAGCUCUAGCCUCAUGCAACAUCGGAAAGUUCACACUGGAGAAAAGCCUUUUAAGUGCAAUGAAUGUGGGAGAUUCUUUAGUGAGAAUUCCAGCCUUGUUAAGCAUCAGAGGGUUCACACUGGAGCAAGGCCUUAUGAGUGCCGAGAAUGUGGAAAGUUUUUUCGCCACAGCUCCAGUCUUGUUAAACAUCGGAGGAUUCACACUGGAGAAGUGCCUUAUGAGUGCAGCAAUUGUGGGAAAUCGUUUAGCCAGCGUUUCAACCUCAUUCAACACCAGAAAGUUCACACUGGAGAAAAGUCUUGAAUGCAAAAAAUGUGGGAAAGCCUUUAGCCACACCUCCAAUCUCAUUCAUCACUGAAGAUUUCACAGACCUGAAAGGCCUUAUGAAUGCAAAGAAUGUGGAAAAACCUUUAACCAAAUGUCUGCUCUGCUUCAGCAACAGAAACUUUAUAAUCCACAUAGGCCUUAUGAAUACAGUGAAAGAAGAGAAAGGUCUUAGGAGUACAUGGUACAUGCUAUCUCCUAGUCUGUAUAACUUGACUUAAAAUGGAGAAACACUGAGAGUACCCUUUAUGAGGGAGCCAGCAACUGGACAUCAUCCAUACAAAUAUGCACACUGGGGACCGGAUGAGAAUUCCUGACAGAUUGCCCCUCCCAAGAAGAUAGUGUUCUUCCUGGGAGCUCCAGGGAGAGGGAGCCCUGCGUUUUCAAGUCCACCAGACUAGAGUAGAGUUUCCAUCUUGUUGAGUUAACAAGGGAGGAGGGAAGGAGUGGUCUUCCUUCAAAAGUGACUGAUUUAUUGUUGUUACUGAAUGUUAGAUUUUCUUGAAUAAUUAUUUUUUAAUUUGCUAUAUACCCAUAGCACCAUUUCCAGAGACUUUGAAUUUUCUUUUUAUAAUUUUUGCUAGUUUGGCUGAGUCUAUGAAGUUUUUCAUGCUGUCAUGCUGGAAUUUGAUUCAAAUGUUUAAAAUAUCAAGAACCUGAAAAAUUGUGUUCUAAAUAGUUAUGCAUUUCACAUUUCCUCCUGGAGUAUAUUAAAUUCCCAGUUUCUUCACAUCCUUACCAACAUUCUGUAUGUAUGUAAAUCAUGGGCCAUUCAUUUUAGCCAUUUUAGCAAGUGUGUAGUAGUAGUUCAUUGUGGUUUUUAUUUGCA